UUGAACUACCACGUGACCAGAUUUUCCAUGAGAGAACGGAAACGUGAAGGUCAAGGUCAUUACGGAAAAAUUACUAGGAAAGGGUCGUUCUUUAGAUACUAAUACUGUGAAAAAAUCGAUAAAUAAACGCGGAAAGUUGUUAAUUUGGGAAUUAAAUAAUUAAUGUCAGGAGUGAAAUUUUAUUUUGACACUUUUUUGUUGCAAAAAGACACUGAGCAAUUAAUAAAAGUAACGGAUUCAAUUGGAUUUUGUAAUUUACAAAUUCGACGAAAAAUUGUGCAUGGCCGAAAUGGCCGAAAUGAACAAAUUGUCGGCUCAAUUAAGAACUAUUAAACGGGCGCAAGAAUUAGCGCGAGUCAAAGCUGGGAAAGCCAGUGAGACACCGGGAAAUCCGGAUGAAAUCUCAGAAAAUAUGAAUUGCGAAACGCAAUUAAAUAAUGAACAAUGCGUUUCACCCGAAAGGGUAAACAAUGGGGGAAAUCCCCAGUCGCUAGAACGAGAUGCUGGAGAAAUUCCAGAACGAGGCUCGGAGCACAUGGCGGCAUGCGCAGACAGCAAUGGAUUGUGGGGAAGGAUUUCCUCAAUGGAAGAAUCUUUCCGGAAACGGGAAGAAGCGCAGACGGAAAUCUUAGCAAAUAUAGUGCUGAACGUUGCAAAAAUGCAACAAAAUAUGCAAAAAGAAAGAAAUAGUCAACAGUCGAUUAUGACUGCAACUGAAAACAACACCCCUGCUACAAUAAAUCAUGAUGGAUUAGACGAAUUGUUAAGUGAAACCGAAAGUACGGUAACGAGUGGUGACAACGUUGACAAUGAAUUUUUGGCAGACUUAAUGAAUGACUAUGAGACUAAAACGCAGUUUGGGCCUAACGUAAAUGAGACAUUAGGGAAACUUGUUUGCAACGCUAUCGACAGUGCGUUGCCAGAAGAAGAAGACAAAAAAUUAAGAGAAAAAUACCUAAUCCCGGAAAACUGUCAAAACUUGAGAGUUCCCAAAGUUAACAGGGAAUUAUGGACUGCAUUUAAGUUAAAACGAGCAUCUGACUUGGCAUUGCAAUCAACACAGAGCUAUUUGAGUUUAGCAAUUGUACCAGUUAUUAAAUCUCUUGAACUGCUAAUGGAAAAAGGGGACAUUAAGAAAGUAAAAGAGUUGACCAAAGAUACGUUCAGAUUAUUGGCUCAAGGCAUUAAUGUGGCUAAUCGGAAGCGUAGGGCUCUUAUAAGACCAGCAAUACCAACAAAGUAUCGUAAGGUGUGUGAAGGGGAAGAAAAAACCACAGAAUUUCUCUUUGGUAAUGACUUAGACUUAAAGGUUGAAAAUUGUGAGAAGGAAGAAAAGCGUGCACAGAAAUUAGGUGGCCACCAGAAUAGUGUCACAACAAGUAAAUCGAAGCCUUUUUUAGGCCAACGAUUCCCGAAAGGGAAUCAAUUUCAACCGCCGCAACAGUCGAAUCAAGGCAAUUACAACCCAUCAUGGGGGAGAAAUGUCCAUCGAGGAAAAUUCCAGGCCCAAAGAGGGGCAUAUUACAGGAAGAAAUAACUUUUGAUCAGUCACUGUCUUCAGAAAAUAAUCCUCGACAGAGUGAAUUCAGCGGUAUUGAUUGCUCCAUUAUGGCCAACACAGGUGUGGUUCAGUCAAUUAUUACAACAGAUUUGUGCCCAGUCAUACAUUCUACCAAAACAACAAACGUUAAUUCUGCCAAAAAAUCCACACAAGCAACAUCCUGUUCAGAAGAUGCGACUGGGAGCCUUUGUCUUAUCAGGGAACAGCUCCAAAACAGAGGCCUAUCAGAAAAAACUAUCGAAAUUAUUUUACAAUCAUGGAAAACAUCAACAACAAAGCAGUAUGGGUCUUAUUUCAGAAAAUGGCUGCUUUUUUCAAGUUCAAAACAAAUUGAUUCACUUAACCCAUCUACAGUGACAGUUUUAGAAUUUUUAACUGAAUUAUAUGAAAGUGGGUUAGGCUAUAGUGCUAUCAAUACAGCGAAAUCUGCUAUUUCAUCUACAUGCAAAUUGAUAAAUGAUAAAGAUAUUGGUAAUGACAUUCUGAUUAAAAAGUUUAUGAGAGGGUUAUUCUCAAUCAGACCAACUUUGCCUAAAUAUGACAAUAUUUGGGAUGUAAAUAAAGUGUUGCAAUAUAUUUCUAGUCUUCCUAACAAUAAUGAACUGAGUUUAUUACAACUGUCUCAAAAAUUGUCAACUUUGUUUAUGUUGUUAACCGGACAAAGAUGUCAAACAAUUCAUUUAGUAAAAUUGUCUGAUUUACAGAUUUGUAAAGAACAAGUAGUUUGUCACGUAUCAGAAUUAGUGAAACAGUCUAAACCUGGGUUACAUGUGAAACCAAUGCAAAUUCGUAGAUACUACAAUGAUCCAAAAUUAUGUUUAGUGAAUACAUUGGAAACUUACAUUAUAAUUACAUCUAAACUUAGAGGGACUGAACUCAAAUUGUUUAUUUCAACUGUAAAACCCUUUAAGGCAGUGACUAAAACUACAGUUGCUAGAUGGAUAAAGCAAUUAAUGCAACAGUCUGGCAUUGAUGUGAACAAAUUUGGUGUUCAUAGUUGUCGUGCAGCAUCAACAUCAGCUGCUGCAAAUAGAGGUGUUCAAAUAGACUCUAUAAUGAAGGCAGCUGGAUGGAGUUCAGCAAAAACGUUUGCUCUAUACUAUAACAAAACUGUUGAACAAUCUUUUUCAGACGUAAUUUUAGAUGGUACAAACAUUUGAAAUAAUGGUGGUUACAUUAUGAUCUGUUUAUUUUAUGCGUUAUAACAAAAUGGAAUUUUACACAUUCAAGGGAGUUAAUCAACAUGUUCUGAAUUAGUUUUAUGUAUAGCAUUUGUCUCCCUUAUUUUUGAGAAAUGUAUUGAAUGAUGUAAAUAUACUAGAGUAAAUAUAUAGAAAAGA